UACGAGAAGCGCUACAGCGGCGCCUUCCCGCCGAAGCUACGCGCCCAGAUGCGCGACCUGGCGCGGGGCAUGUUCGUCUUCGGCUACGACAACUACAUGGCGCACGCCUUCCCCGAGGACGAGCUCAACCCCAUCCACUGCCGCGGCCGAGGGCCCGACCGCGGGGACCCUUCAAAUCUGAACAUCAAUGAUGUCCUAGGGAAUUACUCAUUGACUCUUGUUGAUGCGUUGGAUACACUUGCAAUAAUGGGAAAUUCGUCCGAGUUCCAGAAAGCCGUCAAAUUAGUGAUUGACACAGUUUCAUUUGACAAAGAUUCCACCGUCCAAGUGUUUGAGGCCACGAUAAGGGUCCUGGGAAGCCUUCUUUCUGCCCACAGAAUAAUUACUGACUCCAAGCAGCCCUUUGGUGACAUGACGAUUAAGGAUUAUGAUAAUGAGCUGUUGCACAUGGCUCAUGACCUGGCCGUGCGGCUCCUCCCUGCCUUUGAAAACACCAAGACCGGGAUCCCCUACCCUCGGGUGAAUCUAAAGACAGGCGUUCCUCCCGACAGCAAUAAUGAGACGUGCACGGCCGGAGCUGGCUCCCUCCUGGUGGAAUUUGGGAUUCUGAGCCGACUGCUGGGGGAUUCUACGUUUGAGUGGGUGGCCAGGCGAGCAGUGAAAGCUCUUUGGAACCUGCGGAGCAACGACACAGGACUGUUAGGUAACGUCGUGAACAUUCAGACGGGCCGGUGGGUUGGAAAGCAGAGCGGCUUGGGUGCCGGGCUGGACUCUUUCUACGAAUACCUCCUGAAAUCUUAUAUUCUCUUCGGAGAAAAAGAAGACCUAGAAAUGUUUAAUGCUGCAUAUCAAAGUAUUCAGAACUACUUAAGAAGAGGCCGGGAAGCCUGUAACGAGGGAGAGGGGGACCCGCCGCUCUAUGUCAAUGUGAACAUGUUCAGUGGGCAGCUCAUGAACACGUGGAUCGACUCCCUGCAGGCCUUCUUCCCCGGACUGCAGGUUCUGAUAGGAGACGUGGAGGAUGCCAUCUGCCUGCAUGCCUUCUACUACGCCAUCUGGAAGCGCUAUGGGGCCCUCCCUGAGAGGUUCAACUGGCAGCUGCAGGCCCCCGACGUGCUCUUCUACCCGCUGAGACCAGAGCUGGUGGAGUCUACGUAUCUCCUCUACCAGGCAACCAAGAAUCCCUUCUACCUCCACGUGGGAAUGGACAUUCUGCAGAGUCUGGAAAAGUACACAAAAGUCAAGUGUGGGUAUGCUACGCUGCAUCACGUCAUCGACAAAUCCAAAGAGGACCGGAUGGAGAGCUUCUUUCUCAGUGAGACCUGUAAAUACUUGUAUCUGGUAUGUGUGCUGUAAGGGUAACCCAAGAAGUGUUUGGUCCCGCUGAAAGCAAGCCUCCCUUCUGCCUCCCACGUACCACCCGUCACCGGGCGCUGCUCCAUGCUGGGUGUUGUGCUGGCCUGGGGACUCAGCACUGUCAGAGCAAAAGCACAUCGCUGUCUUCCGCUGUGGUUUCUAGCCUCGUGGAGGAGGUGUUGUCAAGUAAACAAACAGACACAUUUAGGAUUACCAGUCCUGUGGAGUUACCAGAGGCCCCACCUCAGUGUGGUGGCUGGAAGGCUUCUCUGAGGCAGAGAGCAGUGUCUGCGGCUCUCACUUCCCUUGACAUCUGUGCUCUUGGCUGAGACCUGCUGCCCAGUGGCUGUCUAUCCAUACACACGUCCUAACGUGUCUGGAGAGAGACUAGCUUUUUGGACCUGGAAGAAACUGCAGGGAUCAUCCAGCCAGUGUUCAUUCUUCCCUUCAUGAGAACUGGCAUCUCCGAGCGAGGUGACUUGCCUGGGUUCUCGGGGUGACUCCAUGCAGAGUCGAGGCCAAAGCCCUGGUCCCGACUCCUUGUCCAGUGCUAUUUCCACUUCAGUGCUCUGCCACGGGCACACGUGGUGGCUGUCCCAGUGCCAUGUCCUCCCCUCUCUCACUGCCCAGUGUGGCGACACAAAAACGGAUACCUUCUCAAGGUACAAAGGGUCAGGAUAUGGGCUGAGAGCCAAAGAUAGCCAUCAGCAGUGAUAGAAGAGGGAAGAUAUAGUUCAGUGGAAGAUUGUGUGCUAAGCAUGCGUGAGGUCCUGGGUUCAGUCCCCGGGACCUCCACUAA